AUGCCCGGCGGGAAUGGGUUAAGCAACACAGUGUUCUCGAUUGUUUGCUACAUCGAUUAUUAUGAUGGUAACACUUGUUUACCCCCACACCCCCUUCCAAAGGAUAUUAGGUGCCAUCCUUACCAAGGGUACCAUUUGGGUGUGGCAGCAGAUGAGUGGGGGUGUGGGUUGGAGGCAAAGCCCGCAAAUGAGCUCUACAAAGACAGUCUUAGAGAUGUAAGGUAUACUCCUAGCUCAAGGCCAGGUACCAUCCGUACAGAGGAGCCCGAAUUCAAAUAUCCUGUGAGGCGGGAGAGGCUUAGGGACCAGUUGAAAAUUGAAAACUUCAGUGAUCUCAAUAUGAAACCGAGAUUUACCAUUGGAAAAGUUUUAAAACUACGCAAAAUUCUACGGAUAUCUGCGUCUAUAACGAAGAUGAAGGUGGUUUGUGUGUUCCUUGCAAUGUUGGUAGUCAUUGCACUAGGGUCAGAGAAGCCCAAGUUGGGAAUGAUUGAAGAUAACAUUUCCUACGUGAUGCGAGGGAAAGACUCCAAGAAGCCGCCAAAGGGGAGUUCCGGAGCAAAUAUACAAGGCAAAAACAGUUGGAAGUCGAUUGAAACUCCCCCUGUUCUCGACGUUUCGAAGGAAGAGAAAUCAAGCUUUGAAUACGGACUCUCACAAUUGCUGGAGAAGGAUAAAAUAGAGGAGGACAUGGCUGCCAAGAACAUGAGAGUCUCUCAUAACUCAUCUACUUACAUCCAUCAGUCCCUAUUCAGGAGUCCUAACCCGCGGUCCAUCGCAGCAGCAAGAACAGGCUUCAUGAUAGACUGCGCCACUAAAUUCGUCAUGGAUCGCUGGCCCAGGACCAGUUCUGUGAUCAGGACCUGGUUUCGUCCUCCUGCGAGGCCUUCCGCCACUACAGGUCCUCCAACGGCAUAUGUAAUAACUUGGACAACCCUCUUGUGGGGAUCCACUUUCAGGCCUUUCCGCCGUGUUGCUCCGCCCGACUAUGGUGAUGGAGUGUCGAGCCUCCGCCUUGCCCAGGACGGGCAGCCCCUUCCCAGCGCCCGCCUCGUCAGCAGUGCGGUUAACAACAUUCGGCCAAACAGGGAAUCUUCUCUCCUCUCCGUCCUCCACAUGACCUACGGGCAGUUCUUCGACCAUGACCUGACCUUCGCGCCUUUGAAUAAAGGUAAGUAUGGUGAGGCGAUUCCAUGUUGCCUUGAGGGCAGUUCUAUACUCCACCCUGAGUGCGCCCCCAUUUCCAUCCCUGCUGACGACCCUUUCUACUCCAAGUUCGACCAGACGUGCAUGGACUUCGUCCGCUCGGCGCCCGCCGAACGCUGCUUGUUUGGUCCACGAGAACAAAUAAACGAGAAAACAGCAUAUAUCGACGGCUCUCAGGUCUACGGCUCCGAUGACGAGAUGAUGAAUUCAUUGAGAAAGGGGGAGGAUGGUCUACUUAUUGCUCAGAUAAGUAAGGAAGGUGAGGAACUCCUUCCUGCAGACACAGACUUAGCAAACGAGUGCAAUCAGGAAGAACAAGCCAGCAUAGACCAAUUUUGCUUUCGGGCCGGUGAUAUGAGAGUGAAUGAGCAAGUUCUGCUCACUCUGUUCCACACUGUGUGGGUUCGUCACCACAACCAUCUAGCGUCUCGCCUGAAGAGUAUCAACCCAUCCUGGGAUGACGAAAAGCUGUUCCAGGAGACCCGCCGAAUUGUGGUCGCUCAGCUCCAACAUGUCACCUACAACGAGUAUCUGCCGCCCAUCUUCGGCAAUGAAAUCAUAGAAGACUUCAAGCUGAAACCCUUGAAGAAUAAGCAACGAAAGGUUUUUUAUCGCCCUGACACGAGUGCUGCCAUUAGUGCUGAAUUUGCAACGGCUGCCCUCCGUUUUGGACACAGUAUGAUUGCUGAUAACAUUGAAAGAGUGGAUAAGUUAGGCAUCACUUCCUCUGCUGAGCUGUCUUCGGUGUUCAUGAACCCCUUCGUCGUGUAUAUGAAGAACGCGAUACCGCAGCUGACGCGAGGGGUGGUUCGACAGAGCGCAGGUCACGUUGACCCCUUCUUUACACCACAGGUGGCCGGCUUGCUCUUCAAAGGAGAAAACAUGUUUGGACUCGAUCUGGUGGCGCUCAACUUACAGCGUGGGCGUGACCAUGGUAUCGCCUCCUAUACGGCGGUCAGAAACUCAUGCGAACUGUCUCCUAUUCGUGACUUUGAUGAUCUCUCGGGAAAAAUGGAUGAUGAUGUGAUUGCAAAGCUAAGGGAUGUAUACCGUCAUGUGGAUGACAUUGACCUGUUCAUUGGUGGUAUGGCUGAGCACCCGAUGGAAGGAGGAGUAGUAGGUCCCGCCUUCGCUUGUAUUCUGCUGGACCAGGUCAUUAGGCUAAAAGAAGGCGAUAGAUAUUGGUACGAGACCAAUGAUAAGGACACAAGAUUUACAGCAAAACAAGUCGAACAAAUUCGCAGCACUACCUUGGCAGGCGUCAUGUGCGAAGUGAUCCCAGAACUGAAGGAGAUUCAGGCUGAACCUCUGAAAUUGGCAUCUUCCCAGAAUCCAAUACUACCUUGCUCCUCUUUCCAGGAAUUGGAUCUCAAACAUUGGAAGGAAUAAAUGAAUCGAAGGAAGGAUUCUGUGAAGUUUCGCUUAGUUCGAUUGGGGCAAUACAGAUAUUAAAAAAAGAAAAAUCAUUGUAAGCCUUUGUCUGGUCAGGGUAUUAUGCAAGAUGAAUUCAUUAAAGAAUCCUUUCCACACGUUUGUUUACAAUAUCCCCCAAGAGCAAACUGACAGAAAAUUACCAUUUGUAAACAUAGGCAUGAAAUAUCUGUUAUUAAAAAAAUUAUGAUGGCAA